AUGCGCAAGGGGACCGCCGCCCUCAAACGUCAGCAGGUGGCGCAGCUGCGCCAGCAUCACCAGCAGCUGCUAGCUGCCGCUCCUGAGCUCGCGCUAGCCUCCUCUUCGCGCCUGGCUGCGGCCUUGAUCUCGUCGGCGGUGGCCUUGAGCGCCUCGUCUGCGAGCCUUGUAAAUAAUCAUCACCAUGGCCAUAUGCAACAACAGCAGCAACAGCUGCCGCAGCCGCCACUGGCGCGCCAUCAUCACCAUCAGGCAACAUCUCACAGGCAUCACCAUCAUCACCACCACUCACAUCAUCACUCGCACCACCAUCAUCAUCAAUGUCGCUCGAAACGCAAACUGCAGAAAUUGUAUUAUACGCUUUGCCGUUAGAUCUGUAACUUAUCUAUAUCUAUGUAUACUUGUAUGAGAGAACGUUUCUUAGAACCACUAGCAUCAGCAGCACGUAGAUUAAGUCGAUUCGCACACCCACCACGUCUCCUUUUACCAGUCCAGUGAUUCGUACCUCUUUUUUUGUAUAUGUAUUUAUUUAUUCCAAUUUUUUUUCGUACUCUUACAAAUCUCAUUUUCGUAAUUGGCCCUAAACUGAAAGAAAAAUCUCAUCAGUGCAAUAAUAUACAUACAUCUAUAGAUAUAUAUAUAUAUAUUUAUAUAUAUAUACUGAUUUUAAAAUCAUGUCUUAUUUUAUACAAACACUCCAAGCUAUUUAUUGUAAUUGAAAAAGAUUUGUGAUUUGCGCACAUGAUAGAAACUUCGUAGAGCAACCACUGUAAUUGUAGCGUGUCUCAAGCAAUUUUCGUUUUAAGUACCCCAAGGAAUUUAUAUAUCAUCCGCACAGACGCAUUAACCUAACCAGCCUAGAACACACACACCCCACAAAGCCCUCUGAUUAAGUAUUACUUAGCGUACGUAGGCUUUACUUUAAGUUGCAACAGGCAAGAAAACCACAACAAAAUGUACUUUACUUAGGUCGAUCCUCAGUUUCUGAGGCGAGUCGAGAAUCAGCAUUCUUCUCGUCCAGGCAUAGUAUACGUAGUUUUUUCUGAUUGUGCUGGGCAAGUCAAAGAAGUACUCAAUGCGAAUAAAAUGAAUUUUGUCAAGUCAGAUCCGAGAAAUAAUUGUAAUGGCGCGCGUUCCUUAAACUAUAUAUAUCGAUAUGGAGAUCAUUACCGCUUCCGCUUAUCCAACAGGCAAGACAAACAGCAAAACGAGAGAAUCCAAUUUAUCUUAAAGUGCAUAGAAGGGAAUAAUUACACAAAAUUUCGUACCUUUGUAGAAUUUGCAGUUCAAAAUUGCUUUAGAGUUUGUCGGUGUACAUUUUACGAAUUAAAAAUGCACAAAAAUUUUUAGGCAAGAAACCUAUUAACUAAAAUUACAGACGGUCAUACCAUAUGAAUGUGUAUGUAGAUGUAAAUUGAACAUUAUAAAUGAAAACGCUGCGAAUUUGAAACCAAAAAAGUUCAGAGAAAGUCAAUCUAAGAAAUCUAAUAGAGUUCCCAAUGUAAAUUCUACUGAUUUAUGUGAGUCUGGUAAUAAAAUGAAUAAGCAUA